AUGAGCGCUGGCACUCGUCCAACCACCGCUGCAACCAGCAGCACCAGCCGGGCACCAGGAGCGAGUGUGCGAGACCAGGAGCCAGCUGCCGCAGAGGACAAGAACAAAGACAUCGAAUAUACACAGAGUCCCCUUCGGCCAUACUGCCGCAAUCUGCCUUUCAACUUCCGCGAUGCCAUCAGCGUCGUCCACUUCCGAGACGAGUGUACCGGCUGGCGGCUGCUCGCUCACCGGUAUCUCAAUCGCCUCGUCGCCGACGUUACUCUGCUCAUAAAGUGCCUCAAAUCACUGCACGAUGCGCGACCCAACAUCCCCAUUCUGAGAGUCGGAUUUAUGCUGCCGGACAUUGCACCGUCUACGUUCGAGCAUCAGUUUGUCGCCAUCAUGGACAGCCUGACGUCCGCCGGCUUGCUCACCCACAGCCAAGUUACGCUGCUCUCUCGCCGAACCCAGCUCUUUGGGAACUUUCCCAAGCGACACCAUGGAGUCCAGUUGCUUCCGCUUGCUUCGCUUGAUACCUUCGACAACAUUCGCGUCUGUAUUGUCCUCUCUUCCGUCGAGGGCACCAUCACCAUUCAGGAAUUUUUCAAAACGCGAAGCUGCCCGCGAGUACUCUUUAUUUCGGGUGUCCAGGGCAUCAGUCGCAAGCGAUUCGCCAAGCUGUUCAACACCGAGCUCGCCUUCUUCCCACACUUCAGCUGGGAGCCCGAGCCUGGCGACCUCCAGUUUGACCAGUCGGCUUGCCACGAAGAGAAAAAGGCGGUAGUAACUCCAUCCGAUCUAGAUAAAGAAAUGAUGGAAGUUCUUGUAAAGUACGCCAAAGCCUUCGACAUACCGCAGGAGGUUACUGCUCCAGCCCUCGCAGAGAUCAUUGUCACCAACUCCACAUAG